UUUAUUGGAAAUGAAAAUCCAACUAAAUUUUUCAUCAUUUGUUAAUAUGGUGAAUUGAACAUUCUUUCACAGAAAAAAAAACAAAAAUGAUUCUAAAUCUCAUUAUUCAAAUAUUACUUUGCAUCUGUUUGAUUGCAUCGAUAAUAAUGUUUAUGCCUGGAUGUAUAUUGUUAGAUAUUCGACCCAAAAUUUAUCCAGCACAAUUACCAAGAUCAUUAGAUCAAUUUGAUCGAUUUGAAGAUUUAAAAAUCAAUGAAUUUACCAAAAUCAAUCUUAAUGAUAAUAAUACUGUACCAGAAUCAAUAGCCAUUUAUCAGGGUCAUCUUGUCACCGGAUCGGCUGAUAGUACAUUGUAUCUUAUUAAACAGACGGAUAAUUCGGUUGAAACAUUGGUGAAAAUUAUUGAUGAUAAAACGAAAACACAAAAUGGCCAUCAACAACCGAUUAUAUUGGGACUUCAAUUCGAUUCGAAAGGUGUUUUGUUUGCUGUCGUUUUAAAUUAUGGUAUCUACAAAGUGGAAGGAAUUUUCAGCAAAACAAAAAUGAAUGUCAAAGUAAGCGAAGUAUUAAGUGUUGAACAAACACAAACAUCUACUGGUGUGUUUAGUAAAUUUUUGGAUGAUAUUGCUAUCGAAGAACGAUCUAAUGGUGAACAUAUCUUGUACAUUACCGAUUUAAGUACCCGUUAUGAUUUUAAUCAAAUUGCAUUAUCUUUAUUAAGUGUUGAUUAUUCUGGACGAUUACUACGCUAUGAUAUGGCUGAAAAUCGACUAGACAUUUUGGCAAAUAAUUUACUUUGUCCAAAUGGUAUUGUUUUGUUACCGGAUAAAACAGCACUACUGUUUUCGGAUUUUAGUAAAUCUGUGAACAAAUAUUGGCUAAAAGGUUCAAAUGCCGGAAAAUUAGAGAAAAUAAUAACAAAUCUUCCGGCUGAAUUGGACAACAUCCGUCCAAGUAUAAAUGGAAAAACAUAUUGGCUAGCAAUGAGCAAUCCACGUACCAUGAAAAAACCAAGUGAAUUUGAUUAUUUUCUAAAAAAACCAUGGCUACGUACAUUGAUUUUGCGAACAUUACAUCUAAUAGGCAUGUUAUUUGAUAUUGUAAAACAAAUCAUACCAUCAAAUGAUUUUAUUGAUAAAAUGGCUAAUGAUUUAAAAACAGUACAAGGAAUACAUUCGUUAAGUGAAUUACAUAUAUCCGAUGGUGGAAUGAUGAUUGAAUUUGAUUCGGAUGGAAAAAUUUAUCAAAGUAUCUAUACACAUAAUGAAGAAUUGAAAUUAAUGAGUGAAAUUCGUGAAAUUUCAUCCAAACAAUCUGAUCAACGAAUUUUAUAUAUUGGAUCAUGGAAGUUACCAUAUAUUCGUAAGCUUGUAUUUUCGAAUAAAAAAUCUCAAAAAACUUUUUAAUAAAUAAAACAUGGAAAAACCUU